UCAUUCCUGCGUUGUUUAGGGACACUAGGAAGAUGGCGGCGGCCCCGCUGUACUGUGUCUGCCGGCAGCCCUACGAUGUAAGCCGGUUUAUGAUCGAGUGCGACAUCUGUAAAGACUGGUUUCACGGCAGCUGUGUGCAGGUGGAAGAGCAUCAUGCUGUGGAUAUUGAUGUUUACCACUGUCCCAACUGUGAUGUCUUACACGGACCCUCCCAGUUGAAAAAGCGCAACAAUGGCCACAGGCACGACUACACAGAACCAGACGAUGGAUCGAAGCCAGUGCAGGCUGGCACUCGAGUGUUUGUCAACGAGCUCCAAAACAGGACCUUCGCCAGUGGUGAGGAGAUCAUGAUACACAUGAAGGGCGAGCAUGUGACAACCAGGUACCUGGAGAGACACGGCUUCAGCUACCCCAUAGCGGUCACAGAGAUGGAGGGCCUGGGACUCAAACUACCAGUCUCUACUUUCUCUGUCAAGGAUGUGGAACAGUAUGUUGGUGGCAACAAAGUCAUCGAUGUGAUAGAUGUGGCACGGCAGGCGGACAGCAAGAUGAAGCUCAGCGAGUUUAUCAAGUAUUACACCAACCCACAUCGACCCAAAGUCCUCAACCUCAUCAGCCUGGAGUUCUCUGACACUAAGAUGUCAGAGUUGGUGGAGGUUCCUGAUGUGGCUCGUAAUAUGUCCUGGGUAGAGAACUACUGGCCGGACGACUCCUUCUUCCCCAAGCCCUUUGUCCAGAAGUACUGCCUUAUGGGGGUUAAGGACAGCUACACAGAUUUCCACAUAGACUUUGGAGGCACCUCUGUCUGGUACCAUGUUCUCUGGGGUGAGAAGAUCUUCUACUUGAUCAAGCCCACUCCCACCAACCUUGCACUAUAUGAGGCAUGGAGCUCCUCGCCCAAUCAGAGUGAAUUGUUCUUUGGGGACAAAGUCGAGAAGUGCUACAAGUGUGUUGUGGCCCAAGGAACCACCCUGCUCAUCCCUACAGGCUGGAUCCAUGCUGUUCUCACCUCUCAGGAUUGCAUGGCAUUUGGAGGAAACUUCCUUCACAACCUCAAUAUUGGCAUGCAGCUCAGGUGUUAUGAAAUGGAGCGCCGCCUGAAAACCCCAGACCUCUUUAAGUUUCCGUACUUCGAGGCCAUCUGUUGGUAUGUGGCCAAGAACCUCUUGGAAACGCUAAAAGAGCUACGAGAGGACAACUGUCCACCACCAACCUACCUUGUGGAGGGAGUCAAGGCUUUAAUCAGCGCACUGAGGACCUGGUUGAAAAGAGAGGUGACUGAGCCCACCAGUGAAGUACCAGACCAUAUCAGGCCUAACCAUCUCAUUAAAGAGCUGACCAAGGAAAUCCGCUACCUGGAGGAGGAACCGGUCAGUGGUAGCAAGCCAGUGAAGUCUCAGGGAAGUGGGUGUGGAGUUCCAUCUGGAUCGAAUGCCUGCCCGGCUACUCGUGCUACGCUGGAGAAGCUGUGCCAGGCCCACCAGGCAAGAAGGGCUGCGAGGCGGCUGAGGGAGCAGCAGCGGCAGACCCCUAAAGUGCCCUCCAACUUGGACAUCUUAGAGCAGCACACCCGGGAGGUGCUAAGGAGGCUGGAGGUGGGACCGCUCGAGGAGGAUGCGGCGUUCUGUGCCAAGGUUCGUGGGAAGCUCAACAAAGUGUCAACUGCAUCGGCAGCUGCAGAGACUUUAGAGGAGAACCACCUACGGCUAAUGCUGGUCAACGGCAGAAUUAUCAGAGAUAUGAGGCGGCCAGGCAGCAGCCCGGUAAAGAUGGAGGCUGAGGGGUCAUCUGUUGGCCCACCAAAGAGUUGUGGGGACGUGAAGUCGGAGAGGACGCCGGACAGUCAAGAGCAGCACAGCACAGUUGAGAAACCCACAAUCUUCAGUGGUCUGCAGAGGGUGAAGACUGAACUCAGGGAAGGACACACCAGUGUGUCAGAUGUGGAUUUAGACAGUGACUCUCCCACAGAGUGCAAAGCAUCAUUGUCGUCGUCAUCGUCCUCCUCCUCUGACGAGGAUUCAGGGAGUUCCCAGGAGGAAGAGGAGAAGAAGGGCUUAUAUCAGCAGAGAGGCUCAGGGCACACCAUAGAGCUGGACCAGUCUGGCCAGAAACUCAGGCACAAACACAAACCACUCAAACGAGAACGUCCUACCUCACCCAGCACAGAAGAGGCCAUUCAGGGGAUGCUAUCUAUGGCUGGUCUGCUGUGCUCCGCAGAGCCGGAGAAGGUAGCCUCGUCCCAGGAGCCCUGGUGGUCCAGCUCCAGCCAGUGCUCGCCGCUGGAGCAGAGGGAGGAGGCGCAGCACCGACUGCAGGGGGACAAGAGCCCGAUGGACAGCCAGGGCAACAGCAGCGAGGCCUGGGACAAUCAGGGGCUCCCUAGCCCUCUUAGCCGAAGCCACGACAGCAGCCCAGAGACAGACUACCAGUACUGUGACCCCUCAAUGUCUCCACCCCACCCCUCCAAGAGGCACGCCCCCAACCCCCCACCUAUCAGCAAUCAGGCCACAAAAGGCAAGCGGCCAAAAAAAGGAAUGGCCACAGCCAAGCAGAGACUGGGGAAGAUCCUAAAACUCAACAGACAUAAUCGCGUCUUUGUGUAAAACUCCAAAUCUUCAAAAGCAAAAUGAUGCAUGGGGACAUUUUCUUGAAGACAAAAAAAAAGGAAACAUUGGCGAAUUUGUUACCAGACACUUUGUACUGUGGAAAUGGAGAGAAAGGAAGAAAACGAACACACUGCCUGGAGACUAACGUAACUGAUUGAAUCUUGACGCGUACAACACGCUCACUGUGCAUGCUUGGGAGACAGGGUAUUGGAUAUGAAAUAAGCAAGUGCACGUCUUCACCACACAAGCACACUAAGAACAAAAAGAGAAAGGAGCUAGAGGAAGCGGAGAGGGACAAGCAUGUUAUAAAAUGUUCUGCUGCAGGGAAAGGUGGACUGAAGCUCCUGCGGGCAUUCAAAUGGACAAAGGAGAUGUCGGAUGUAUACCAAACAACAAAAGGACUUGCUUUGCUGGGACGCAGCUUCUGAUGCCAAGAUCAUCUGCAUCAUAUCUUAAUGUUUACUCUCUCCGCUCAACGAACCGCCCCCCCUCCGCACAACAUUCACUUGCUUCAUGUCUAUCUGUGAUUAACUGAAUGGGAUGGAGGAGCAGAUGCAACUGAGCUGUACAUCUCGAGCAGGGUCUUUUUUUCCCCCUUUGGCUCCAAGAAUGGAGACGAGGUGCUAAGGAGGACGCGGUGAACUGAACUUUCAAAAUGGUGCUUAUUGUUUGUACUUUUCUCCACUCAUGCUUGUCCCUUGUUAUCAGAUUAUCUUAAUCACACCAGCAAUAAUGACUUUGAGGAGAGAACAAACGGUGCGAGGCAGCACUUUGGUGCAUUAUUCUGCAAUUCUUCUAUUUGUAGAAAAAACUAAAUGGGUGCAUUUCAGACUCGCACAAUUUAGUGCAAAACAAUUCACAAAUCUGCACUAUGUUUGAUAAUUAAAGGGGAGUCUGUUUCUGAGUGAAAAUGGCUAAAGGCAAGCUGCUCAAAGUGCUGCCUCUCUGAAUUUGUUCAAAAUAGGAAUUACGAGUCAUUCGCUCGGCCUAAAUAACCAUAGACGACAAAUGACUUGCCUGAUAUCCUGCUUAAUUUAUUUCUUGUUUUAUCUGUUUUUUUAUGUUAUUUGUAUGGAUUCUAAAUGAUGUAUUUAUUAAUUGAAAGAGAUUAUGAUUUUAUUAUAUGUUGACCCUAAAGCCUCAGCUAAUCUGAGGUUUUCCUUUUGAUAGGGUUAAUUUUCUCCUUUUUUUUUUAUCUUUAACACAUACGUUUUUGUAAAUGUGGAUGUUUUUUUAGAAUUCAUGUGAUCAUCAUUCGUUGAGAAACAAUUUACCUACAACUCUUUUAUUACCUUCUAUUCUGUCACAACUCGCUACCCCCAGUUAAUAGAUCCUGGGUUGGUUCUUUCCUCCCUGUAGCCAGAGGUGUCGGGGCCAUGAAUGAAUGGAAACUAGGCUAGGUUGCGAAAUGUCCGCUUCCGUAUCUACAGCUGAGCUUUUUCAACUAGUGCCAGUUAUCUCAAGUAUUCUGAGCCACUGUGGUCAAUCCAUUCAAAAAAAGAAAAUGUUUGUAGAACUUCAAUGGGAUGAGUGAGGUUUUUCCUCUUUAUUUUUUAAGAAUACCAGAUGUGUGUUUUGCUCACGGUGCGCAGUUUUUCACUCUCAGGGAAUGAUGCCAUGGACAUAAUCUUCGAUUAACCACCAGCCACAACAUGGAUGCAGACAGGAUGUUCUCAGCACUCACUCAAGACUUUAAAGAUUCACCUCCUGCUUUGGAGAUGCUGAGGUUUGUUUGUGUUUUUAUAUUGCUCAAAAAAUAUUUCAUGGUCGUGGUUUUCAAGUUGACAUGAUAAGCUGUGCUAUAACCUUUCAGUCGUUGUACCAUUAGGCUAACUUUUACAACUUCUGUUAACAUGUGAACUUGGUAUUAUCCCCCAUUGCUUUCUUAUUUUCUUACGUCAACAGUUGACUUAAGACAUUACAACCAGGCUAACUGUUGCCAAGUAGCUUUAAGACCACUCUUUGAACAGCGUGAGACUUUGAAAGCUUUGCUCAGGUUGACUUGCAGUGCAUAUGACCUGCGAGUGACUGUGAUCAAUCAUUCAGCCCUGAUGAACUUAAAUAAGUAGUGUUCUAUUCUCAUUGACAGACUGAUUUCCUCUUUUUCUUACACUACACUUUAACCUUUGAACUCUUUGCAUGUCAAGUCAUUGAAAACACGAGCUGGCCCGCAGGCAGGGUUUAUUAUAAGCUGUAGUAUUCAUUGUACAGAAUUGAUCCCUUUUGCUUUUACAUGCAGCUCUCUUGGCAUUUGUUAUGUGCGUUGGUUCUUGCAAUGUUUUUCCCCCAGAUUUAAAUGGCUUAUGAUUUAAAAUUUACAAACACUGGCUAACUGUGACACUGUUGAUGCGUUGCAUUUUGUUUCUGCAUUUAAAAAUGUGCGUGUAAAUAAAACUAAUGAAAUAGC